AUGAGAGUCGAUGAAGACUCGGAGCAAGUAUUUUCCAAUGGUCAUUCUGCAAGUUCCAACGGUUCUACGCCAAGGAAGGCCCUACACUCUGGCUUGAACGGGCAUGUGAACGGAUCCAGCCCCUCAUACACAAAUGGCACUUCCAAGAAACGGGCCCCUGCGCGGUCGGCCACUUAUAGAGGGCACAACAGAGAAGAGGUGGUCAGAAUUCUCAUCCAGGGCUUGCUGGAUAUGGGAUACUCAGACGCUGCCAAUGUCUUGUCAAGUGAGAGCGGGUACGAGCUCGAAAGCCCUUCGGUCGCCGCCUUUCGAAAUGCCAUUCUAGAAGGCAUAUGGUCCGAGGCAGAAGCAAUACUAUUAGGAUCACAUCACAGUGACCGUGGUGGACCGCUUUUGGAUGACGACCAAUAUGGGGAUGGACUUGUACUUGCGGAAGGUGCCGAUAGAGGGCAGAUGUUAUUCUGGAUCCGGCAGCAAAAAUUUCUCGAACUACUCGAUCGACGUGACCUUGGCAUGGCCCUCAUGGUUCUCAGACAGGAACUAACGCCCCUUGGACACGAUAUUCAUCAAUUACAUGCUCUCUCAACCCUUCUCAUGUGUCCGCCAGAGGAUCUCAGAGCUAAGGCACACUGGUCGGGCACAGUGGAGGAGUCCAGAGAGAUGCUCCUGCAAGAUCUCUCUCGGUCAAUUGCACCAUCUGUCAUGAUUCGAGACCACAGGUUAGCAGAAUUAUUUGACCAUAUAAAGCAGAGCCAGAUCAACCAGUGUCUCUACCACAACACCGCAGAACCCCCGUCUUUAUACUCCGACCAUAUCUGUGACCGUGAGGAUUUCCCGUUGGGGACGUCUCUUCAACUCGAGCAUCAUACUGGUGAAGUCUGGCACGUGCAAUUCUCUCAUGAUGGCACGAAAUUGGCUACGGCAAGCCAGGACCAAACCGUCAACAUCUACGAAACAGUAACUUUCAAGCGUCUUCAUAGCCUCACUCAUCAUUCGGCCGAGGUUACAUAUGUGUCUUGGAGCCCCGAUGACACCAAAAUUAUCACGUGUUCGCAGGAUUGCAAGGCCCGCGUCUACGAUGUCGAAACGGGAAGACUAGAGGUGACGCUUGAGCACCAAAGCGUGGAUCAAAACUAUGGUAUCACCGCCGCUGCAUGGACACCUGACUCUCAGGGCUUUGUCACUGCGAGUCACGAUCGCAACUCCCAGUUGUGUUAUUGGAAUCUCCGAAGUCCAAAGCGCGAGAAACCGGAGCACGUAUGGCCUAGGGGGUUUCGUGUGCAAGAUGUCGCUAUCACCGAGGAUGGGAAUUGGCUAGUUGCUCUGGAUCCUCAGAACAUCAUUCGCAUUUUCGACAUGCACACGUAUCGAGAAGAGCCACCCAUUAAAGUAACGGGCAAGAUGACAAGCAUUACUCUAAGUCGGGUCAGCAAUACGGUACUGGUCAACUUUGCUGUCGGUGAGGUCCAUAUGAUUGAUUUGGUUACGAGAGACACCAUUCGCAAGUUUCGCGGGCAGAAACAAGGCGAGUUUGUCAUCCGAAGCUGCUUUGGGGGGGCCGCCGAGAAUUUUGUUGUCAGUGGCUCAGAAGAUGGAUUGAUCUACGUGUGGCACAAGGAGAACGAAUCGCUAAUCGAGAAGCUGUCGGGGCAUGGCCGAGGUCAAAGUGGUAAGGAAUGCGUAACUACAGUGGACUGGAACCCCAGAGAUGCCGGCAUGUUUGCGUCUGGGGGUGACGACCGCAAAGUUCGAAUGUGA